CUGGAGGUAGAAUGUUGACAGUCACACAGGACUCAGUGCCAACACACAAGGACAUGGACAUAGGGUGAGGAGGCAGCCAGGGGCCCCUUGUCAGGUAGGCCCUGGGGCAGUGCUUCUGCAAAGGCAGCAGGAAUCCCAAGGGGCCUCUCCUCCCAUCUGGGCCAAGGUCAGAGCUGCUCCGCUUUCUGGAUCUUUAGUAUCCUGGCACCUUCAGGCAGGAGAAAGCGAAAGCAUUUCUGCUCUGCUGUUCAGGGAAAAGACUCACUUCCAGGAACAGAAACUGAAAACUGCCCUCACAUGAUCUCCCUCUCCCAGGGUGGGGGCAUGGCUAGGGGAGGACUUUCAUAUACCGGGAGGGGAGGGUGAGUGCGCCAAGCCUCUUAAGCUUCGCAGUCUGGCCCUUUCCCUUCACUCUGCUUCAGGUCAUUCUCUGCUCUUCCUAGCACAAUCCUCAUCCCUCGCUUCCAUCUUUCCAUGUUUACCUGAAAUCAAGUUUUGGACCAUCUCAGCAGGAACUGCCUCUGUGCGGAAGGGCUGUGACCCCCUCCCCAGGGAGCAGGCGAAGUAGCAGGAGUGCCCUGUGCCCCCAGAUCACAGACACUCUGUUCCAGCAACUGGUUACACCAAUAUGGGGGUGUUCUCGCGGUCCCCUCCCACUCUACUGUCUGCAUCCUUGACCUCGGUUAUGUCACAUCAGGACUGGGGUGUUUUAUCCAAGGAUGAGGCUGUGAAGAUUGAGAAAGACUUAGAAGACGGGAACUUGCUGAAGGUGGUCUCUGACAUGAGGCGGCCUCUGGAGCUGGUGUCCCAGACGCCAGUCAACAUCGCGGUGACAGGAGAAUCUGGCAAUGGCAUGUCCACCUUCAUCAAUGCGCUUCGCGAGAUAGGACAUGAGGAGGAGGCCUCAGCACCCACGGGGGUGGUCACAACUACCGAAACCCGUGCUGCCUAUUCAUCCCCCCUGUUUCCAAAGGCUGUGCUGUGGGACCUGCCUGGCACAGGGGUGGCUACUGAUACCUUGCAGGAGUAUCAUGUGGAAAUGCAGUUCAGCCAGUACGACCUCUUCAUCAUCAUCGUGUCCCAGCAGUUCAGCAUGAAUCACGUGAUGCUCGCCAAAACCAUCGCGGAUAUGGGAAAGAAGUUCUACAUUGUCUGGACCAAGCUGGACCUGGACCUCAGCUCAAGCACCCUCCCAGGGUGUGAGCUACAACAGACCAUCAAAAACCACAUCUUGAGAAGUCUCCAGAAGCAGCGAGUGUGCGAACCCCCCAUAUUCCUGGUUUCCAGCCUUAAACCUUCUUCACACGACUUCCCAGGUCUCAGAGACACAUUGCAAAGGGACCUGUCCCGAGUCAGAUGCGAUGGCCCUCUUCAACACCUCAUGCAUGCCUGCGAGAAGAUCAUCAGCCACAGAGUGGCGUCCAUGCAGCGGAAAAUUACUCUACAACCUCUGCAAGGCUUCCUGGGCUUCUGGUAUGCAGAUGACUUGGCCGAGUGUCUGGAAGCCUACCGAUCAGUGUUUGGUGUAAACGGUGAAGCUCUCAGGGGGUAUGAGCAGAGCAAGAGGAGCACGCUCACAGACUACACGAGCGUCAUGAGGUCCCACGAUGUGCAGCGUGUCCGCUGGAGGGACUGGAAACUCUGGGCCAUGACCUUUGUAGUCACGAAGAUGUUCUUCUUCUGUCUUAGCUUGUGCCCAGGCUUACGCAGCUGUGUCAUUCCAUACUUUAGACAGAUGAAACAUAGACGCUGCCUCAAGAUAGUUGCCGAGGAAACGAAGACAGUCCUGGGUAAAAUGCUGAGAGACUCUGUCAUGGCCUGCGACACUCAGUGUGGGAAAAAGCUUCCAGCAGAUCCAGCAGGCUCUCUCUCAGGUGGCCCUAAGAACUGGGGGGUGGGGGCGUCCUCUUCUCACCGCCCCUAGCUGAUAGAUUUAGAUGAAUAUUUUCUUCUGUGUUUCAGUGUUACAAAUUCCUUAAGAAUCGUGAUGGGGGCCUGCGCCGUGGGGUGGCAGGGAAAGCCACUGUUGGCAGCACUGUCAUCCCAUUUGGGUGCUGAUUUGAGACCCGGCUGCUCCAUGUUCAAUCCAGCUCCCUAAUAAUGUACCUGGGAAAGCAGCAGAAGAUGUAUCAAGUGCUUGAGCCCCUGCAUCCACGUUGGAGGCCUGAGGAAGCUCCUGGUUCUUGGCUUCAGUCUGGCCCAGCCCUUGCCAUUGCGGCCAUUUGGGGAGUGAACCAGCUGAUGGAAGAUUCUCUCUCUCUCUCUCUCUCUCUCUCUCUCUCUUUCUGCCUCUCCCUUGCAGUAACUCUGCCUUUCAAACAAUAAGUAAGUCUUAAAAAAUGAUGCAUGAUGAAAAAAUGAUGCAUGAUGAAAAGCACUCAUCUCGCUAGCACAAACCAUAAUGUGCCAUUUCUCCGGGGAGGAAUUCUGUUGUUGUGCAUGAAAGCAUUAAGUCAGGUUCUCAGAACCACAGAUUGAAAUUGUGCCUUCCACUGCAAAGUGCCCUGCAUGUCCAAACCAGUGUCUUUCCCACCUCUGACGUCAUUAAAGCUGGCAUCAUUCCUCUUCAUAAACCUUGUCAUUCUCGCAUUUCUUUGUCUCUCUUACUUACAGGACUUAGUGGCACAUCCCUGGUGCAGAAGGGCUGGUCAUAGUUUUAGGGGGCCGAUGGACACUGUGGUUGGAUCUGCUCUUUGAACCCCAGCUUAGCUUGAUGCUCCAGAGGCCAUUGACCUGCACAGCAUUCUCCACCAAGUGCCCUCAAUGAUCAGUGUUUUUUUUUUUUUAUUUAUUAUUUAUUUUUUCAAAGAUUUACUUACUUAUUCAAAAGGCAGAGUUACAGAAAGAGAGAAGCAGAGACAGAGAGAAAGGUGUUCCAUCUGCUGGUUCACUCCCCAAAUGGACACAACAACCAGAUUGGGGUAAUCUGAAGCCAGGAGCAAGAAACUUCUUCUAGGUCUCCACGAGGGUACAGGGCCAAGCUCUUGGCCCAUCUCCACUGCUCUCCCUGGUGCACCAGCACAGAGCCAGACCAGAAGUGGAGCAUCUGGGACUCGAACAAGCACCAACUUGGGAUGCCAGCACUGCAGGCUGAGGCUUCGUCUCUCUGUCCCAGCACUGGCCGCACUCAUGCUCCUGGGAAAGCAGUGUACUUGGCCCUGCCAUCCACAUGGGAAACCUGGAUGGCAUCCCAGGCUCCCAGUGUCAGCCUUGCCCAGCCUUGGUUGUUGCAGACGUCUGAUGACUAGACCAGCUGUUAGAAGAUCUCUCUGUCUCUUUCUCUCUCUGUAACUCUGCCCUUCAAAUAUAUGAAUAAACCAACCAACCAACCAA